AUGUCAAGUGCUGAUUAUGCAUUGAAUGUCAUUUUUAGUCAGUUUGAAAAUGCAGCAGAUGCAAAAAUGUCUCUCAUCUUGAACCUUGGAGUGGAUAGCGAAAUCGAUUUACGAAGCUUACUAGGACAAGGUGCUGACGAGAAUUUUGACAAAGUGAUAUACUCUCUAUCUUCAUUAGCAGCAACACAGCAAAGUGCAGUUAUAGAUGCAGUCAUGAGAUGGAGAAAAGCAAAGGUCGAGCCUCUGGAUCCUUCAGUGAUCAAAAGAGUGAGUGAAAGUGCUCCCUUAUCGCGUACUCGACAAAUACAAUCCGUGUUAAAAGAAAGACAGUCUCUUGCAUCGGUCUUUAUCUUGUGUCGUGCAUUAAUCGAAAUAAUUAGAAAACUCAAUCCAGGUUCACUUCCUGAUGAUCUUGGCGAAAACUUGGAAGAGAUCGUAUUCAAUCAAUUAAAGAAAGCGGAUCCAGAAGCAAUAAAGAGAUCAAAGAAUAGAACAGCGAGUAUGGAUUUAUUUGCCGAAUUGAUUGGUGAACUCUCCAAUGUGAGGUUUGCCUCAGUGAGUGAUAGGUUCAUUGCCGAAUUGGAAAAGUACAAUAAUCAAACAAUAAUGAAAGAAAGACAGAGUCAUAUGGAAAUGCUGAUAAAAGGGAUGCGCUAUUUAAAGAUUAAGCUAUAUCCUGUUGAUGCCUUGGAAGAAACUGCUGAUUUUAUAUAUAGCUGUGCUGGUUUCUUUAAAAAUGCUCAUGGUGCUAAAGUAAAGCAUGCUUAUGCUGACUUAUUUAUUCAAUUAUUAUUACCAGCAGCAGAAGUUGCAGACGCUGAAGUCAAUUUCCCUGCAUGGGCAAAGGCGGUAGAUCUCAUGUAUCCUCGUGCCCUAAAGAUGAUUCUUAAGCCAAGACAUAUCUCUGUUGGAUACCCAUUAAUUACUACCCUGUUAUGCGUAAGUCGAAAGAAUUUUUUUGCUGAAAAUUGGACAGCCAUACUGGAAAGCUGCUAUCAAAAGUUUAGCAAGCAAGAUAAAUAUACAAAGUUAAUGUUGCUUGGAUGCAUAUCAAGACUUGUAUGGAUUUAUUUAUUUAGAUGCAAAGAAAGUACAUCAGUUACCUAUAAAAAGCUAGAUACCAUCAUCAAGACAUUAUUCCCACCUUUCCGUCGAGCAGUGUAUCCAUCCGAUAUUCCUUUAGAUCAUUUUAUACUCAUCAUCUACUUUUCACUCAUGCGUGAUGUUGAAUCAGGGACAAAGAAGAUACUCUAUUAUCUCCUCAGCAUAGACACAACAUCUACAGGCGCUCCACACACACUAGAAAAUAUCUGUCCAGAGAGGAUGAUUAUUGCCCUAAGUGCAUUCAAAUUAAUGCUUUCCGAUCUAGAAAAAAAUACCCAGUUACCACCUUUUCCUUCAGACAUUGACAUGACAGCGUGUGGGAUAUCUAUCUCAUGUACAGCUGAUGUUUUUUCAGGCCCUAUUCGUGCUAUCAAACCAGACGUGAUGUCCAAGGUAGAAGAGACCAUUUCAAAAACGUUGAUCGUCUUGGAUCAGACCUUUGGAAGACUUUUACUCUUGGAUGAAAAGAAUAUUAUCCUUCGUCCGCCUACGAGUGCGAAUACUACUACAAGUACAACCACAACAAAUUAUACUGUUCCCAUUUUUACAAACAGCGGUGGACCAUCUGAAAGCGGGCCGCAAAUACAUCAUCAGUACUCCACCUUUCUGGUUUCAUACACUAAAGAUAAACAACCCUACUUUGACGUGAUCAAGUCAAUUAUCGACUGCAUGCCACGGCUUAUGCCAGCAGGUGUAACACUACCUAGAUUAAUUGAAAUGCUCUCAAGAUACACUGUUCAUACUGAUCCUGAGGUUAUAAAAUCAGCUUCUAAAGCUCUAUUACGUAUAGCAGAGCAAAUCGACAGUCAAACAACAGUUACAGUAUUCUCACGAUAUAUUUGCACAAUUGACGAUAAGUUCUUGGAUGUUGUUCAGUCCCUUGCAACAGGACCCAUCAAUGGAACUGGCCAGGAUGAGCAUGGUGGUAUCAUUAAGCUCUACCUCGACUUACUCUCUAUAUGGAUUACUCAAUUGGAAACAAAUAUACUUGAGAAGAGCUCAGAUGAAGCCAUGAAAGAGUACAUAGAUUCCAAUGUAUGGAAAAUAGUGGACUUUUUACAAGAAACAGAAGCAAAUGGAUUAUUGUUUUUAUGCAGCCAGUCCACAAUCAUUCGCAAGUUAGCCAUCCAGAUAUUAAAGGUCACAGCGGGUGUUUCAGCAAAAAUGAAGGAGAUUGUCAGUAAGCAUGUAGCAGCGGGCGAUGACCUUCUUGUAUCCAUGGGCCAAGAAAGUAUGUAUAGCAUGCUAGAUUCUGUGGGUCAAGAAAUACUUCAGUUUGAUAAGGACUCUGGGGCCUUAUUUGGGAGCAGGGUAUCAACCGAAACCCGUAAUAGAAUCAUUCAUUAUCAAAGAAAAGGUCAGAAUCAAGUCAUUGUACAAAUUGCAGAAAGUGAUAAUGUGUCCGAUCUUAAAAUUUGGAAUAUUUGCUAUCCUGAGGUCAUCAAGAAGUGCUUUCAGCACUUUUCACAAACCAUAGCACAAUGCCGAAUAGGUAUCUGCGGCAGAAUAUUACAAAUCCACCCUUCGAUUCUGGCAUGGAUGGAGACAAUGAAAGCGAGUGCAACAGGUACCCUUAGCAUGUCAAAAAGUAGCAAUUCAAAUCAAAAGACCGUAAGCCCAGAGAUAGUAGAACAAUGGCGUAUCUAUUUGAUCUUUGCAUGUAUUACUGCUACCCCUACAGAAGAAACACCGACGUCUACACCUAGAUGGUCAAGUGUUGGACGUAAAGGCUCUUCUAACGCUGACAAGGCAUCAAGUUCUCGAGACCUCUUCCGUCUGAUUUUACCUUGCUUAACCAGUGAGCAUCGUCAAAUCAGAGAAAGUGCCAUAGAGGCUCUUGGCCAUAUCAAUAGUAAAGUGUAUAAAACACUUAUAUAUGAGCUUGAUGGUUAUGUCCGAAUUAUUCUAGAGGAUGGCAAGCAGAGAAAUAACCAAAAGCCUUACCAAAAUAAGCGAAGUAAAAAGAAUGAUCGACUCAGAAUCUCGGUGUUGAACGUGCUUGAACUCACAGCAGACUGUUUAUCUCAAUAUGAGCUUGUUUCUGAUAAAAAUGUAACAAACGUGCUGACAAGCUGUAUAAAAGAAACAAAAUCUUUCUUGGCUGACACAGAGGCUCAAAUCGAAUGGGAAUAUCAGCGUCUAAGAGUGUAUCUCUGCAGACUUGUUGAAAAAUUAUACAAUAACAUCAUGCAAUUGGAAGAUCCUACGGCAAUUAUGUCAUUUGAGACACGUCUUAGCUUGUAUAAAAUGUUUGAAGAAUGGUGUGGAUAUGGAGUCGCAGCAAAGACAGCUCAACAGCGAGAGGCAACCAUGAUGCGUGAUGUGUUGGAACAAUAUAAAGAAACUAAAGAGAGGGCUAGUAUGAUGCAGCUCAUGGAUGAAGAAAGGAAGUUGCUGGAGUUAGCUUCCCUAAGUGCAAUGGCAACCUUAUGUAGAGGCCCUCUAUACGCAUAUCUUGGUCAAAAGAAGGCUCGACAGGCCAUCAUCCAAUUUGACACACUCAAUGUUUUAAAAUGGAUAGAUGCAAUUUUUGAAAGUCGAGAUCCAAAGUACCACAGCAUUGCUAGACAAGCGCUAGAGGCAGUCAUGAUAUACAAUCAAGAUCAAGCUGUACUGUUGGAUGACAUUAUCGAACAAUGUUACGCAGGAAAUCCAAAGUUAGAGUUUACACAGGGAUACUUUCAGGCACUGGCAGAGAUUAUCACCAAGUUUGAGAACUAUCCUUAUCACAUUCAUCAAAUCAUGAGCCUUGCUCUAUUCAAAACAGGUGAUGCAAAGAAGGCAAUCAGAAAGACCGCUAUUCAAUUACUUCGAGUCAUCGAAGAGCGAGUGUUUGCAGACUCUUGUGCAAAGGAAUACGAAAUUGGCAUAACCAGCAGCUUACCAGCCAUCUAUAAACAUACACAGACACUUUUAUCUGCUCGAUUGGCUCUGGAUCACCCAGAACAGACCUAUUCCAUGCUUUCGGAAAUCACCCAACGAUUUGAACACAUCAGUUCCUCUUCACAACGAGAAGUUUUGACUUAUAUGCUACCUUGGCAUCGAAAAUUAGAUCUUUCGGUCAAUACAGAUGACACAGAACUAAGUGCAUCCGCUUACAUGGUACUCUCUAAUCUUUAUUUUAUCACGAUUAAAUUUGGCGAUGUAUACGUAAAAGAAAUUGCUGCCCUCUGGAGUCAAUUAGUUGAUAAUGGUCGUAAUGUUCGAGCAAUUAUUAUGUAUCUUCUCGAUAUGGGACAAGAAAAACGUAAUCCAUGGUUCCUAAUUCACGCUAAACGAGUGUUUGUCUUUCUGGGCCGUACGCACGCCUUUAAUUCGGUUAUAGAAGAGGUUAUUUCUGAAAUCACGCCUAGAUCCAUGGUGCCUCAGGUCAGAGACGUUAGCAGUAGACAUGCCCACGCUUUUCCUUUUCUCUUUGUCGCUGAUACUGAAAAGGUACUACCAUCUUAUCCGAAGAAACCAACAUUUGCUCGUGGUCAAUUGGCAAUGUCCUUCUUGGUUGACCUUGCUAUCGAAGCUGGUGCAGAUUUAGCACCUCAUCUGCCUCUUUUCUUACACAACAUCUUUGUUCAGCUCGAUCAUUUGACUAGCAUUAUCUGCGACCAAUCUCGUUGCUUUCUCAUGAACCUCAUUCACUCCAUUGUUAUUCGGCAGUCUGCAGACUCUGAAGCUUCUAGAAAGGCAUAUGACAUUAUUCAGUGGCUGUCAAGUAAAGAAGGUAAGCGUCUCUGGGUGUAUGAAAAUAUUACACCUACCAACAGACGUAUCGCGAGUGCUCUCGAAUUGAAGCAGCUGCUUCAACAAGUGGUAGAAGUUUUUUCGUAUGAAGACCACGAUUUACGUCAAAAAUGGGGAGAAACAGCGUUAAAAUGGGCCACAUGUUGCUCUGUUCGACAUAUCGCCUGUCGAUCCUUCCAAUGUUUCCGUGCUCUCAUGCCUGCAUUCAACCAACACAUGUUGGCCGAUAUGCUAGCUCGGCUAUCCAACACGAUUGCCGAUAAAUCGGAAGAGAUCCGUGGAUUUGCCUUGGAGAUCAUUAUAACCUUGACUGAAGUGGCGAACGCUAUGGAUGAAGAUCAAAUCAAGCAAUUCCCUCAACUCUUUUGGGCUGCCAUUGCUUGUCUUUACAGUCCUUAUGAAUCCGAGCAUGGAGAGGCUCUGCUGUUAUUAGAGAUCGUUCUUGAUAAAUACGAUGAUAUAUCCAUGUUAGUAGAUAGCUUCCCAAAGGACUGGUCAACUGAAUUUGAUGGUCUUCAGCCACUGUUAUUGAAAGGAUUACAAUUCUCAUCAGUGGAAGAAAAGACGUUCGUUAUACUCAAUUCAAUCUCGCUUCAGGAUAAUCUACCCUUGAUUGAUCCUUCAGAGACUCGUCUGAUGUAUCUGUUACUUGGCUGUAUACCUCGCUUGCUUCAUGGUCUAGAAACUGAGAAUGCAGUCGAUCCUGCAGCAGUAGAAUUAGCAGAGAAGUUGGUGAUCCUCUUUGAAGGCUACGGUCUUUCAGAUGCUCAGCGAAUUUUGAUGACUUAUCCAAAUCAAAAAUCAAAGUUCCAAGAGGAUUAUCUCAAGCAAAUCCUUGGCAGCAUCAGGGAUGUGUUCUUGACAAAGUACAGUAUACAAGCCUUAAUCUUUUCUCUGCUACUGGUGAAAAAUAAGAUUCCGUUCUAUCGAGACAAAGGACUACUGCUAAUCGAGAAUCUUCUCCCCUAUGUGAAAGAAGAGAGUAGAAUGAAUGAUGAGGCAGGUAUAGACAUUGUAGCACUGGAGCCUCUGUUACAACUCAUUUCGACAGAGUACGCUGAUCAAGCACUUCACAUUCUUAAUUCAGGUAUCCCCACUGUGACAGGAGAACGAUCGACAAUUGCGGAUGGUGAAUUUGCUUGGGGAUUCAAUAACUUUGCGGUUGCAUCGAAAAUGACGCGAGAGAAUAUUCAUGCAGUUGUUUUUGAAUGUUCUUCUAUUACUAACGAAGUACCUGUGGAACAUGACAUUCAAUUUUCAGUAGAAGACUUUUCUAUGCUAACAGGAGAAAGCAAUAUUACAACAGAAAAUGCUCAUAUCUUUAGAGAAGAGUUAAUGCUUGGUGUGGGAGGAGCAAGACAUACUGGUAAUCAAUAUGGUGAAGACUUGAUGAAUGCGCUUAAAGACCUUGAUGAUUUCUUUAAUGAAGAAGGUGAACCCAAUUCUCCAAGCUCAACUAGUUUCUUUGAAGGAAGUGGAAUUCAGCAAGAUCCAUUGAUGGAUAGUAAUAAAUAUUAUCAAUAA